AUGUUCUCCAAAUUCUUUCAAAAAAACACCGCACAACAACAACCAGCUCCACCUCAGCAACAAUCACCACCGCAGCCGCAAACACCACGACCUGCGGAGGAUAAUGUUUCAAAAGGAGUAUUGACACCUAAAGAUAUAAAUCCGCGGAUUGCUCUUCACUACGGGAUCCCUUCUACCUCGUCUAUUUUAGCUUUUGAUCACAUUCAAAGCCUUUUAGCAAUUGGAACACUGGAUGGAAGAAUAAAAGUGAUUGGUGGUGAUAACAUUGAAGGACUUCUGGUCUCUCCAAAGCAAGUACCCUUUAAAUACUUGGAGUUUCUGCAAAAUCAAGGUUUCCUAGUCAGCGUGUCAAAUGAAAAUGAGAUUCAGGUUUGGGAUUUAGAGCAAAGACGAAUUGCUUCCUCUUUACAAUGGGAGUCCAAUAUAACAACGUUCUCUGUUAUUUUUGGCUCAAGUUACAUGUAUGUUGGGGACGAGUAUGGGAUGGUUUAUGUGUUAAAGUAUGAUGCUGAAGAAGUUAAACUUGUACCUAUGCCAUAUCAUGUUCCUGCAGAUGUAGCAGCAGAUGCAUCUGGGAUGUCAUCACCUAAAAAUCGCUCUGUUGUAGGAGUUCUGCCCCAGCCUUCUUCUCAAGGAAACAAAGUGUUGAUUGCAUAUGAGGAUGGAUUGAUUAUUCUUUGGGAUGUUUCUGAAGAUAAAGCUGUUCUAGUUAAAGGGAAUAAACAUCUUGAAUUGAAAUGUAAAAUAACGGCUGAUUCUCACAAAGACAUGGGACAUGAGUUUUCUGAUGAUAUAUCAGACUAUGAGCCAUUGGAGAAAGAGAUAGCUGCCCUCUGUUGGGCAUCUACUGAUGGGUCGGUUCUUGCCGUUGGUUAUGUUGAUGGAGAUAUAUUGUUGUGGAACCUAUCAAGUACAACUUCUGCUAAUGAUAAGCAUGCUGCAAAAUCAUCAAACGAUGUUGUUAAGCUGCAGUUAUCCACAGUUGACAGAAGACUCCCUGUCAUUGUUUUGCAUUGGUCUGUACACAGAUCACAUAAUGAGUGUCGUGGCCAUCUCUUUGUCUAUGGUGGUGAUGCAAUUGGAUCUGAAGAAGUUCUAACGAUUUUGAGCCUUGAUUGGUCAUUUGGGAUAGAAAGUCUAAAAUGCACCGGGCGUAUUGAUCUCACUCUUAAUGGUUCGUUUGCUGAUAUGGUUCAUUUACCAAGUGGUGGUGUUAUGGGAACUUCUGGCACUUUGGUAUUAACGAAUCCAGGACAGCUGCAUUUUUAUAAUGAUGCUGGCUUGUCUUCAUCGAUGUCCCUGCAGGAGAAAAAGAAUUAUGUAUCUUCUAUACAGUACCCUAUGGUCAUACCUACUAUUGAACCACAAUUGACUCUGGCAAAACUUGGUCUGGUCUUUAGAGAUGGGAAGUUCUCAGAGGCCCUUUCUGAGAUAAUUUCUGCUAGAAAACUUCAAGCAACGCAUUGUCCCCGAAGUACAAAUUGGCCUCUGACUGGUGGAGUUCCUAGCCAACCUCAUGAUGCUGAAAAGUAUUGGGUUGAGAGAUUAUAUAUAGCAGGUUACCAAGAUGGAACUGUAAGAAUAUGGGAUGCCACAUAUCCAACGUUUGCACUUGUUUAUGUUUUGGGACCUGAGGUCAAAGGUAUCAAUGUUGCUGAUGCUAAUGCAUCGGUAUCUGCUUUGGAAUUUUGCUCGCAUACCUUAAGUUUAGCUAUUGGCAAUGAGCGUGGUAUGGUUCGACUAUAUAAGCUUGUACGGAAUGCUGAUGAGAUGAGUUUGAAGUUCGUGACGGAAACUGAAAAAGAGGUCUACACUCUGGAUCAAGGGGAUGGACCUCAAUGUACAGCUGUAUUUUCCUUCCUAAGUUCUCCUGUAUAUACACUGCAAUUUUCAAAUUUUGGAACCAGACUUGCUGUUGGAUUUCAUUGUGCCCGGGUAGCAAUGCUUGACACUAGUACAUCAUCAGUUUUAUUUCUUACGGACAGUUUAUCUGGCUCCAGUUCACCUGUCAAUUCUCUGGCUGUGAAAUUGUUUUCAGAUUCUAGUGACUUAGUAAACAAUCCAGAAGACACUGAAUCCAAAAGUAUGGAAGAUCAUGCAUGGUCGGAAGUGUUUGCAAUGACCAAAGAUGCCCAUAUUGUUGUCAUAGAUGGCAACGCUGGUGGUAUUCUCUGCUCCCAAUCAGUAAAAUCUGAAAAGAAACUGGUUUCACCUUCAAUGUAUAUUAUAGGCAAGUAA